AUGUCUGAUAUAGAGAGUUUUAACAAUAACUAUUCAAGUUUUUCAUAGAAAGGCAAGAAUCCAGUGGAUAUCUCUCAUAAUUUCAGAGGUAGUGACCCCACAGAAAAGUACAUUUCAAACGAUUAGAGAUACCCCUUAAAUUCAGAUACUAAGAGUGGAAGUAACAUGGAUUAUGAACAAAGUCAUGGUAAGCAAAGACCAUAUGGAUAUUAAGCUCAAUUAAAUGAAAGUCAGUUACCCUCUAGUAAAUACGAUGAUUCUAACAGAAAUAAGUAUAAGAACCAAUCUUACAUAAGCUCAUCAAAUACUAAGAAUUCUUAAUUAAUAAAUUAAUCUGACACUUUAUCUCCUCCAAGAUUUUAAACUAAGCAUUUCAAUGAUCUUAAUUAAAUUGGGCAGGAGGUCCCAAUAUAAAAAGUAGAAUCAGCAAAGAGAGGGGAUUCCCCUGACUUUAGAUUCUCUGAUUAGGAUUAGCACCUACAAGCAAAUCACUCAAAGAGAACUUCAAAUGUGCUAUCUAGUUUUCUAGGGUCAGGAUCAUUGGACUAUUCAAAUAUUUAGAUAUAAAAUCCAAUGAACGCCAAUAAACAAUUUAAAGCGAAUGAGUAUAAUAGACCUUAGAUCAAUAACUACAGUGAAGUCUAGCAAACUCAUAAUAAUAACUUUAAUGGUGCAAAAAUAAUAAAGCCCUACGUAUAAGAGAGUGUUUCACUAGAGCCGACACCUAACAUAAGUCAAUAUAACAACUAUAGAAUGGAGUAAUUAGAUUCUUAAACUGCUACAGGGGAAAACGAUUAUCAAAUCGGGAAUCGACUCUUAAAAGAUUAAUAUCAAAAGUCUUAAAAUUUUAUUGGAUCUAAUCGAAUAAACGUUGAAGAUUUCAGUAAUAAUCCUUCAUAAAAUUAAACAAUGAGAUCGAGCUAAUACGUAGAGGAUAGAAUUUAGAAGCCUUAGCAAUUUACAUUAGCAAGUAUAGAAGGCAGUUCCUAAGAUUUUUAAGUUAAGAGUAGAUUAAUGGAAAAUGAACUUACUGACUUAAGAUAUAAAAUUAACUAGCUAGAAUCAAAACUGAAUAAUCAUAGUUUGUAAAGUCAAAGCUAAAUAUCAUCAAAUAGAGACUUUAAUAAUGCAGUCGACAUCUACGCUGAAAAGAAUAGAGAUAGUUCUCUAAAAUAGCAUCCAGAUUCUUUAUAAAAUUCUGUUAAAAGAAACCUGAAUCAGGACUACAUCUAGAGUUCUAGUCUUAGAAAUAUGCUUUAGUAGCAAGAUACUGCUUAACCAAAGAAAUAAAAUCAGAGUAAGAUAACAGAAUAAUAAAAUGAGAGUGAGAGUGAUACAGAUCUUAUUGAAAAACCCCUUAAGAUUGAAGAGAUGUAUGAAAAGCCAAAGUAUCAAUAGAAGUAAAACAAAGUUUAGAAACAAAAAAUAAAGCCGAUUCUAAGAAAUAAAACUAGCUCCUUGAGAAGAAGGGACUCUCCACAUAUUGCUAAUGAAUCUUAAAGAUAAGGAUCAGCAUAUAGCACCGAUAGAAAUGGGAUGAAUUCGACAUCAAGAGAAAAUAGAAUCAAACCUGCUAAGCCUUAACAUACUAAGUCAAGAGAUAUUGAUAGAUAAGGAGGUGGAAGUAUAUAAAACAAUAAUAAAUUGACUAACACCAUUCAGAGUGUCCAUUAUGAUGAUUAGGAUAUUGACUAGUAAAGUGAAGGAAGAAGCAGACCACUUAGAUAAAUUAGGCAAAAGUCUCUAUCUCAGAAAUAAAUAAGAAGCAAAUCCAAAACAAAGCUGUAAGAAUCUAAAUUAAACAGAUCUCUUAAAAGAUCCAAAACUCCAAAAAACAGAAACUCAAGAAAUACUGGUUAGAAUAGAGUUUAGAGCUUUGCUUCAAAGUAAUCAAAGUUAUAAUAAUCAAAUAUCAAUGAUAAGGGUGUACUGAACAAAGAAAAGAAGCCAGCAAUAAAGACAAAAAAGAUAGACCACAAAGAAUCUAAACAUAGCUAAAGUAACUAAUUACCCAAUGAGUUGGCUGACUCCUAAUCAUAAGAAUAAAUUAAAAAGCUUUAAGCGAAACUGCAAAAGAUGAAAAAAAAGCUUUAGGAGAAGGAUGAAUAUAUAGAUGAGAUACUAAAGGAAAAUGAUGAACUGUAGGAGUUACUAGAAGAAAAAGAGAAAGUUAUUAAGAAACAAAAGAAAUUACUUAAAAAGGCAGAAAAAUAAAAUGGUAAACACAGAACUAACUCUAUUAGUGAACGAGAUUUAGAGGAGGAUAGAUAUUACAAGAAGAGAUAUGAUUGA